AUGCCUUAUACAGUCAAGUGUUUGUCUCUGAAACCUCCUCUAGGACAUGGCCUGUGGAUGUUCCAGUAUGGAGAUAAGAGGCCUGUCUUUGACGUCCUGAGCCCAGAAGGAACAGACUUGUCUCCAGUGGUCUCAGCCAUUUAUCUCUUCCUGACCAUGAUUAUAGUUUUGCAGGUGCUGAUCCCAAUCUCGCUCUUCGUUUCCAUUGAAAUAGUGAAGAUAUGCCAGGUGUACUUUAUCCAUCAGGACAUGGAGCUGUACGAUGAGGAAACAGACUCUCACCUCCAGUGCAGGGCUCUGAACAUCACAGAAGACCUGGGCCAGAUGCAGUACAUUUUCUCUGAUAAGACCGGCACGCUCACAGAAAACAAGAUGGUGUUUCGCCGUUGUACUGUGGCAGGAGUCGAGUACUCGCAUGAUGCCAAUGGUUAG